AUGGUUAGCUCGACACAGCAAACUUAUGCUUUACGACGGUAUAUGAUAUCGGUUUUGGCCAUUGCAAGCCUAGUCUUUUUUGUAACGUUCCUCGUCAUUAUGCCUUUAACGUGUCGUAAUUUAUCAUUUUCUUAUUAUUAUAAAAAGCAUGAAUUGAAUAAUUAUAUUAAUAAGAAAUUACAUCAAAAUGAAGCAAGAGCUCAUAAAGCUAACGAACAAUUACAACAAUUUAUACAAAAUAUUGGUCCUGAUCGAUUAAAGGAAGAAUUCAACAAACGCCUUCAUCAACCUCAUCAACAAUUCUGUUUUGGUUUAGUAUCCACUGGGCGGAAAUAUAAUCCAAAAUAUUUAACUCAAGUUGUUGCUAGAUUAAUACCACAAAUUUAUAAGGACACAUCGACUACCUUAAUUAUUUAUAAUGCUAAUAGUCCUCCUAAAAUCAAUCGUGAUGCUGUUCAAUUAUCCAAAUAUCUGCCAAUUGUCACUCGAUCAUCAUCGAAAAAUCAACAAUAUAACGAUGGGACUGCAUCCAAAGAAUCUGUCGAUUAUCUUUAUAUCUUAAAAAAAUGUAUCCAAACUAACGCACGUUAUAUUAUUAUACUGGAAGAUGAUGCAUUGCCAACUACCGAUUUCAUCGAAAAUUUACAUUACAUUAUUCACAAGACUUUACCUACUGACAGUCUAUCGCGCUCAACUUGGGCUUUUAUUAAAUUAUAUUAUCCUGAAAAAUGGCAAGGUUGGGGUAAUCCAGAAGUACCUGAAUUAAUCAUAACAUCUGGUCAAUUGGCUACUGUUUUUGCCAUCGUUUGGAAUAUUCUAUCCUGGAAAAAUAUAUUUUUAAGGGGAUAUCGGCGUAUAUUUCUAUCUUGGCUCAUUUUCAUUAUAGUAUUGUGUUAUGCCAUCUUGUUUUUAGCUUUACUUGGUAGACAACACUUGAUCGAAUUACGCAAAUUAAGUCGUUCAUUUUAUACCCUGGUCCCAGCGCCUGAGUGCUGUACACCAGCAAUAAUUUAUCCUCUCGAUAAAGCCAUAUUAUUAGCCGAUUAUUUAGCCAAUAAUAGCCUCGAACGACCUAUUGAUUUUAUUAUCGAUGACUUUAUUAAAAAGAAUAAAUUAGAGAAAUUUCUAAUAUUGCCUAAUCUUGUCUCUCACAUUGGUCUAAUUAGUAGUUUAAGUCAUAAAAGUUAUUCUCCAAAUCCGUAUAAUUAUGAUUUUAUUUUUGACCCUUAA